AUGUCCGGUCAAGAUGAUGGUUCUUCAAAAAAGAACAUUAAAGAUCCCGAUGCUCUAAGUGAACUGCUUGACGAUGCUCUGAAAGGGUUUUCGGAACGCCCACGAACCACUGAUGAUGAGUUGGAUGAGAUUAUGGCCGCGCAUGACCAGGCAGCUGCUCAGAAGGCUGCUGGUGACUUUCAACAGAUGCUCCAGCAAAUGGUGAAAGUUCAGGAGGAAGCUUUGCGUCAAGCUGAAACUACUGGACAGCAGGUCACCGAAGUCGACAAGGAAGCUCAAGACAUGAUUGAGGCCAUGAAAGCGCUCAUGGAAAGUAGCGGAAAAAUUGCUAAUGCCACGAAUCAUAACGACUUUCUAGCUGGUCUUGAUAUGUUGAAGGGACCAGAUUCUCCAAUGGAGCCUUUCAUGUCAAUGAUUCUUCAGAUUUUGGGAAAGAUCUGCUUUGAAUUUGAAAACCAAGCAGACCAGCCACCGCCCACCGCACAGAAUGGAAAUGAAUCAGGUCUUCCCGAUAUGUCAAACUUCGAAACGCUUGGGAAGCUUCUUGUCGAAUUACAAGCCUACGGCUACCCUCCUAAGGAAUUGACAGGAGAACUUCCCGCUGGCUGGACUGUUGACGAUCAAACCGGCUUGCCAAAAGUCGAAGACAUAUCAGCUGCCGCGAAUGCCUGUACACUGAUGUAA